ACUAAUAUUUUUUGGGGGUCAAUCUCUUAUUUUGAUUUUAUUUUAUAUAAUAUAUUAAACACAAAGAACAGUGAACGUGCCCUUCUUUGUCUGCACUCUUCAACUAAAACUUCACGCUUACAGAGAGCAGAGGAGAGGACAUGAUUAAGAAUCCUUGCAAUUUUUUACUCUAUUCAAAUUUUCAGACCCCAUUGAAUAUGGAAAAUAUAUACUACUACUAGUAGUUUUAGAUAGAGAGAGAGAGAGAGAGAGAGAGUUCUUUGGAAUUUGGGCUUUGUCCAUCUUUUGAGGGCUGUUACAAGCCAUGCUUGUUCCAUGAGAGAGUUGGGAAACUCUUCCUUCUUUUUGGGUUUCUCUCGUCUCCCCAGCUCAGCUCCCUUUAUGUGAAAUGUAGAGAGAGAAGAAAGAUAUUACAGUAUUUUUGUUCAUUUUCUUCUUGGUUCGAGGUUUUGGGUCUUUUAAUUCGAUUCACGCAAAACAAUGCUAUAAUGAUGAUGAGUACAGAGAGUAUCUUUUUCUUUGUAUAGCAAUAAAAAGUGUUUCUGAAAAACUCAGUCCUUUGAAGAAAGUUAUGGCUCAUAUAUAUACUUUGUUGGGUUCUUGAAUUUUAGCUCUGAUAUGAAAGGGGAAGAAGAAGAAAGAGAAGCAGAGGAAGCUUUGUGUUGAUGGGUCUGAAGAUGGAAAGCCACCACUCUGUGGCUGUAAGGUUGAAUGAGCAUAUGGGCACAAAAAGGAAGUACACAUUUAUCAGUCGAGCAUGGCUCCCAAAAAUUCUGGUGCUUUGGAUCAUGUUUGUGGCCUUUGUUAGUAGAUUAAUCUAUGAUAGAAUGGAUGCUGAUAACAAAGAGAGAAGGAAGGAAGUGCUUGUGAGUAUGUGUGAUCAAAGGGCCAGGAUGUUACAGGAUCAAUUCAGUGUCAGUGUUAACCAUGUCCAUGCCCUUGCUAUCCUUGUAUCCACCUUUUACUAUUACAAGAACCCAUCAGCAAUUGACCAGGAAACUUUUGCGGGUUACACUGCCCGAACCGCCUUCGAGCGGCCAUUGUUGAGUGGGGUGGCAUAUGCACAAAGAGUGGUUAAUUCUGAGAGGGUUGAAUUUGAGAGGCAACAUGGAUGGACAAUAAGGACAAUGGAGAGGGAACCUUCACCUAUUCGCGACGAGUAUGCGCCGGUGAUAUUCUCUCAGGAGACUGUUUCCUACAUUGAGUCCCUUGAUAUGAUGUCAGGAGAGGAGGACCGCGAAAACAUUUUGAGGGCCAGGGCUACUGGAAAAGCAGUUCUCACAAACCCCUUCAGGCUGUUGGGUUCUCAUCAUCUUGGGGUUGUUUUGACAUUCCCUGUUUACAAAUUCCAGCUCCCUCUGAACCCAACGGUGGAAGAACGCAUUGAAGCAACUGCAGGGUACCUUGGUGGAGCCUUUGAUGUUGAGUCCCUUGUUGAGAAUUUACUAGGGCAACUUGCUGGAAACCAGGCCAUUGUUGUUAAUGUAUAUGAUAUUACUAACUCUUCUGAUCCCUUAAUCUUGUAUGGACACCAAUAUCAUGAUGGUGACAUGUCCCUUAAGCGUGUGAGCAUGCUUGACUUUGGAGAUCCAUUUCGGAAGCACCAAAUGAUAUGUAGAUAUCUUCAGAACGCACCUACUUCUUGGACAGCACUCACCACUGCAUUCUUAUUCUUUGUAAUUGGCCUACUAGUUGGUUACAUGAUAUAUGGUGCAGCGAUUCACAUUGUGAAAGUUGAGGAUGAUUUCCAUGAAAUGCAGGAACUUAAAGUCCGAGCAGAAGCUGCUGACAUUGCCAAAUCCCAGUUUCUAGCAACUGUUUCUCAUGAAAUUAGGACUCCCAUGAAUGGCAUACUUGGAAUGCUUGCCCUGCUCCUAGAUACAGAUUUAAGUUCAACUCAGAGAGACUAUGCUCAAACUGCUCAAGCCUGUGGAAAGGCGCUGAUAACAUUAAUAAAUGAAGUGCUUGACCGGGCUAAAAUUGAAGCUGGCAAGUUAGAGCUGGAGGCUGUCCCAUUUGACCUUCGCUCAAUAUUAGAUGAUGUUCUAUCUUUAUUUUCUGAGAAGUCUAGGCACAAGGGUGUUGAGUUGGCUGUGUUUGUUUCUGAUAAAGUUCCUGACAUUGUUAUGGGGGAUCCAGGACGUUUCCGACAGGUCAUCACAAAUCUUGUGGGCAACUCUGUCAAAUUUACCGAGCAAGGGCAUAUAUUUCUUCAAGUCCAUCUAGCUGAACAUGCAAAGCCUGUAAUGGAUGCUAAAGCUGAAACCUGUUUGAAUGGAGCAUCUGAAGGUAUGGUAUUUGGUGGCUGUCAGAUUAAAUCCUUAAGUGGUUGUCAAGCUGCUGAUGAUCGGAACAGUUGGGAUACCUUCAAGCAUUUGAUUGUCGAUGAAGAAUUCAGAUUUGAUGCUUCAAACAAAAUGACAACCACUGAUGAAACUUCUCAGAGUGUCACUUUGAUGGUAUGCGUGGAAGAUACAGGGAUUGGGAUCCCUUUACAUGCCCAGGAGCGGGUUUUCACGCCAUUCAUGCAGGCAGACAGUUCAACCUCCAGAAAUUAUGGAGGAACUGGUAUAGGUUUGAGUAUUAGUAAGUGUCUGGUUGAGCUGAUGGGUGGACAGAUAAGCUUCAUAAGCCGUCCUGAAAUCGGAAGCACAUUUACUUUCACAGCCGUCUUUGGUAGGUCUGAGAAAAAUGCAUUCUGUGAUCUGAAAAAGCCUCUGUCCGAUGAUCCACCUACUGGUUUUAAAGGAUUAAAAGCAAUCAUAGUUGAUGGGAAACCAGUUAGAGCUGCGGUAACCAGAUACCAUCUAAAGAGACUUGGUAUCCUGGUCAAAGUUGUAGAUAGCAUCAAGAUGGCAGUUUCAAUAACUGGGAAUAAUGGUUCUCUGAAAUCUAAAAUUGAAGUGCAGCCAGAUAUGAUUCUAAUUGAAAAGGAUUUGUGGAUAUCUGAUGAGGAUGGUGGCUUGAAUAUACGGCUAUUGGACUGGAAACAGAAUGGCCACACUUUUAAAUUGCCAAAGAUGAUUCUUCUUGCUACAAAUAUUAGUAAUGCAGAGUUUGAAAAGGCGAAAGCGGCAGGUUUUGCUGAUACUGUGAUAAUGAAACCUUUGAGAGCAAGUAUGGUGGCAGCAUGCCUUCAACAGGUGUUGGGAAUGGGGAAGAAGAAGCAACAAGGGAAAGACAUGCUUAACGGAUCCACUCUUCUUCGUAGUGUGCUUUGCGGCAAGAAAAUAUUGGUGGUUGAUGAUAACAGGGUAAACUGCAGAGUUGCUGCUGGUGCACUUAAGAAGUUUGGGGCUGAUGUUGUGUGCGCUGAAAGUGGUAAAGCAGCUCUUGCCCUACUUCAAAUACCACACAGCUUUGAUGCUUGUUUCAUGGACAUUCAGAUGCCAGAGAUGGAUGGCUUUGAUGCAACCCGACGGAUUCGGAUGAUGGAGAGCGAGGCAAAUGAAGAGAGGAAUGGAGUAUCCUCCAUUGAAGGAACUGCGAAAAAGCCGGUGUGGCACUUGCCAAUAUUAGCCAUGACGGCUGAUGUGAUUCAUGCGACAUAUGACGAGUGCCUGAAAUGUGGAAUGGAUGGUUAUGUCUCAAAGCCCUUUGAAGAAGAGAAUCUCUAUCAGGCAGUUGCUAAGUUCUUUGAAUCCGAACCCAUAUCAGACUCACAACAAGAUGGCCAAUUCCAUAUUAGCUGGGCACCUCUAAAUUGAAAAAUCUCAGUGGCUGGCUUGAACAGUAGCAGCAAUUUUCCCCAUAUUCGGCUGAAUUCUUUAAAUUGAAUGCUCCAAAUAAGGAGGUAAUUGUUUACUUGGAUUUGAGAAUUUGUUGAUCAGCAUGAGUACUGGCUUGGCAGUUAUUUCUAACCAACCUCGGUUUAGGUAGAUUAGCCUACAUGUAUACUAUAACAGAACCAUCCAUCCCGGCUCGUAUGUACAGAUCUUUAGUUGGGGGGCGGGAGACAAAGGUGUAUAAUCUGAUAUUCUUGUAUGCUUCCCUGGACCCUUCCUCAGGAGAAGCUACCCCAAUUCCUUAAUUUGUAUAAUUGUCUCUUGUACAAGAAGACCUUCUGUUCCAACUAGGUGUAGUAGAAACUUUGAUGUAGCUCCUGGUUUGUUUUGCAUUUGUGUUUCAGUUUGUGCUUAGAAAGACCUUGCAGAGUUGUAGCUAUGUGAUUUGUGUUUCUGGGAACAACCUUUCUACACGUUAUGGGCAGGCUUGUGGAUUAAAGACUCCAACUAGUUCAGUUCAAUUUUGAUUGGGAAAAAAAUUU